UUUUUAGUAGAUAAUUGGCCAUCAAUUAAUUUAUCUCCCUCAACUAAUUGUCUACGUGUUAGUUCAAGUGGUGUUGAUAUAAGUAAUUCUAGUAGUGGAUUUAACGAAAAUUGUGGUGGAAAACGUUUAUAUUCACUUGAUUCUUCAACCUCAAAUAAUAAUAUGUCCGGUGGACGUUCAGAAUUAAAUAAUUUAAAAAAUCAACAACAAUUUUUAAUCUCUGACACAACAGAACUUAGACUUAAAAGGGAUAGAAAAUGGUGGAACAGAACAGCAGCUUCUUAUUGUUUUCUUUUUAUUUCAAUUAUUUUAAGUAAUUGGUGUUUGUUUAUUUUUACAUUCAUUUAUUCCAAAAGAUUAUUAUAA